UGCGCUGAGUAUCGUACCAAAACUAGAUGGGUAAACAUGGCCGCCUCCAUGGAAGAGUCAACACAACCUUCAAUGAUGAUGGAACAAAACGAAGAAGUGUCGUCGAGUAGCGAUGAUUUGGAUUCGAAUCGUUGUAUGAAUGCAGGUGAAGUCUCAUCAAGCAAUACUAGGCCCAGUGGAAUUUCGAGAAUUAUUAAUGAUGAAAAAUCAAAUGAAGACGAAUUCAGCAUUGAAGAAAGGUUGAGCGCUGCCGCUACCGAAUCCUCUCUGGACGUUUCGCCGAAGGUAGCGGCAUGCGUAUCCAGCACUGAUACUGAUAUGCCUGCUGAAACCUUUGACCAUGAUAAUCCCGCCAAUGCGACAGACAACGACAGCGAACUGAAAGAUGAGCAAGGAGCAGAUUCAUUCAGUUCUUUUGAUCGAGGAGUGAAAGCAAUAGACUCAAAGUCAGGAUUUAAAAUGCCAGGCAUGCCAGAUAAAAACUUCUUUUUCUUGAGCCCGAAACCUAGAGAGAAAAGUUCUGGCAAUGCGAGUGGAAGUGCCAUCAUUAACAAGGAAACUGCAUCACCGUCAAGCUCAGAAUUCACAAUUCCUUCAUCAAUUCAAGGACAAAAGAAGGGUACAUUUGCAUUUGCUUUGCCCAAUACUCUUCCAAAAUCAAAACAUGGUUCUUUCCAAGCAGCUCAAUCAAAACAGAAUGAGCCAGAUAAAAGUCCUGUUUUGAAGAUACAUGAUAAGAAAUCAGAAGAAAAAGGAAAGCAAGCUGUUAAUGCUCCACCACUUCCAUAUAAAGAGCCUUCUUGGAGUGGCAUCCCAAGCCAGGAAUAUCAUCUGGAAGUAUUGAAAAACGGAACCAUUCUCUCCAAAAUCACACUGAAUGACAAACCAUUCCAUGUAUUUGGACGGUUAGCAUCUUGUGAUAUUCAGAUGGACCAUCCUUCCCUAUCACGUUAUCACAUGAUCCUUCAGUAUAGACCUACAGGUGAUGGAGAGCACGAUCCAGGAUUUUAUGUCUAUGAUCUUGGAAGCACUCAUGGAUCUUUUCUCAAUAAACAGCAGAUUAAAGCCAAAGCAUAUUACAGAAUGAAUGUUGGACAUAUGUUCAAACUUGGUGGAAGUACAAGACUUUUUAUCUUACAGGGACCAUCUGGUGAACAGGAAGAAGAAUCUGGAAUGAGUAUCACAGAACUGAAGGAACUCAGAGAAAGACAGAUGAUGCAGAUGGAAGAGAAGAAGAGGAGAAAAGAAGAAAAAGAGAUGGAAGAUAUGAAAGCUCGAGAAAAGACAUCAGAAGGCAUUGAUUGGGGUAUGGGUGGUGAUGAAGAUGAAGAAAAUUCUGAUGAAGAAAAUCCCUUUGCUGUGAUAGAAACCCAAGAAGAGAGAGAAGCUGCUUAUAUCAAGGAUCCUAAGAAGACACUUAGGGGAUUCUUUGAAAGAGAAGAUGUUGAGUUAGAAUAUGAAGUAGAUGAAAAAGGUAGUGGCUUCAACCAUCAGUAUGUUUGCAGAGUGCAAUUGCCUCUUGAUGAUUCAGUUGGUAAUCCAAUCUAUGCAGAAGCAGCUGUAUCAGGCAAGAAAAAAGAAGCUGUUGUAGCCUGUGCCUUAGAAGCUUGUCGUAUCCUGGAUGCUCAUGGAGUACUCAGACAAGCUACACAUGAAAGUAAGAAGAGAAAAGCCAAGGAUUGGGCCCAGGAUGACUAUUAUGACAGUGAUGAUGAUACAUUCCUGGACAGAACUGGAGCCAUAGAGAAGAAGAGAAAACAGCGAAUGAAGAAAGCUGGAAUUCUUCAAGAGAAGGCUGAGACAUAUGACUCUCUGCUUGCAAAGCUUGCAGAAGUGGAUGCUGAGCUUGUAGCAACAGAACAACAACUUGAAGAAGCAAAAAAGGUACAACCAACAUCAGGAGAAUCUGACACCUUGGAUGAUUUCAUUGCAAGCCUAAAGGCUGGGGGUAGUUCACAUGAUAGAGCUCAGAGGGCUAAACUUAAAUUCAAGGUGGUGGAUCUUAGGAAGGAGCAGUUCAAACUACAGAAGUUAAUCCAGCUGGCCAGACCCACCCAUAUUCCAGAGCCACCCAAGUUUAAUUGUCUUCCGAAAGGCAAGACUCUUUCCAUGAUAGGCUCCAUCAAAUCCAAAUCAAACUUCAAAGAAAAAUUCCAGCCAAAGAUUCAAAUAAAUGCUUUUAAGUUAAAAAAGGAACCAGAACAGGAGGUGGAAGAAGAGGAGGAGGAUGAAGACAAUGAAGAUGCUGGUGAGAAUACAGAUGCAGAAAUCAAGAAUCAGAAAGCUCAAACAAAACAGGUUUCAUUAGAGAAUAGAAGUGAUGAGAUUGUAGCACCCACGGAGGGAGAGGAUGACUCUCAAUCAGCUCAGACUCAAAGAAUGUAUGGAGUAACAAUGCCUUCAUCACCAUCGCCAUCAUCCAAGGAGAUGAACUCUAUCAAUAAGAUGGACACGGCUACAGAGAAGUCAGUAUCUCCGCCCAAACGAGUGUAUGGUGUAGCCAUGCCCCCAUCAAUGACAGGGGAGAAAUCAAGAGAUACUGUGGAAGAAGAAGAGGAAGAUGUAGUCCCUGUGAAAUCUAAAAGGAUGUAUGGACCAGCUAUGCCACCACCAAGCAUACAGGAUACCACAGAAAAGAGACUGGUAAAAGGUCCUUCUCGGGGGCCAAGUAAGGCAGAGUAUAUGGAGCAAUAUGAAGGAGAUGGGUUUAGUCAUCAGUCUGUUGGAGGUAUGUUGACAUCAUUGAGGGAUAAUGAAGGACAGAAGAUGGAAAAAGAAGGUGAAGAUUACACGGAUUGGCAGCCUCCUGCUGAUCAAAAAGGAGAUGGACGGACCUCACUGAAUGAAAAGCUAGGGUAUUGACCAUUUUGGAAAAAAAGGAAUUUUAAUCCCUUUUCUUCUACCAUACAUUGACAAAAGGAGGCAAGAUAUGUCUUGUGAAAAGGAAAGAUGUGUGCAUCAUUUACACCAGCAGUACCCUGAUAUCUUGCCUAAGCUACUGGGAAGUUUUGUUUCAGGAUGGUUCAUAAAACCUGGACAUAAAAGUAAUCAGGUAUUACUGAACAUCCUGUGCGAGUUCCGGUAUUUGCGUUUCCUGACUUUGAUACAUUUAAUUAGUCAUAAGGAUAAUAGCAAUAAUGAUAAUAAUGAUAAUUAUAAAAAUGAUAGUAAUGAUAAUAAUAAUUAUGAUU